AUGGUUUGGCUUAUAAUCAUUCUUCUCUGCCUUGGAAAUUCCAGGGCUCACAUUUUGGAUGUCACCAAUAACAGUCAUCUAGACUUUGAGUACAGAUUGUUUGACCUUCUUCAAAGAUUACAAUUCGAGAAGUCCUACGACACCCUUUUAAUUUACGGAGAGGAUUGUGCCAUUCCUUCUCUAUUUGAAAGAUUGCAAGUUCCUGCAGUGCUGGUGUCCUCGGGCAGCACCAACUUUGAUUGGAAUUUCAGCAGCCUAACACUGAUACUAAGUUGUAAUUUCCAGGACGAGAGGGAAGAAAAUUAUCGAACACUGAUGAAGCUGCAAAUUAGCAGGCGCCUAAUCAUUCUGAAAGGACAUAUAAAACCCGAGUCUGUGUGUGAUUUCUAUUCUAAAAAGGAGCAACAUAAUGUAGCCAUGGUGAAGGAAAACUUCUAUCAGCUUGAAGUGGUAUACUCAUGUCGCCUAUUUCAAGAUCAAAACUAUGAAAAACUGAAUCUCUUCGAUGGCCAGUCGAUUUACAAAGAUCAAUUUCGAAAUAUGCAUGGAGCACCAAUAAGAACACUAUCUGAUAAGGAGCCACCCCGAACCAUACCAUAUAUUGAUAGUAAGACCGGCGAAGAAAAGUUUAAGGGCUAUGUGGGCAUGUUGAUAAGCCAAUUCGUUAAGAAGGUUAAUGCCACUAUGAAAAUACGGGAGGAUUUGAUCAAGGACGACGAGGAAGUAUCUUUUGUGGACAUUACGAAUUUUACCUCGAAUGACAUUCUGGACAUUGGUAUAUGCGAGGCUAGGACACUUGAAAUGUCGAACUACGACGCCAUCUCGUAUCCGUACCUAAUGAGUUCGUACUGUUUCAUGGCUCCACUGCCGGAUUCGUUGCCAUUUAGUGACGUCUACAUGGCGAUUGUGGCACCAAGUAUCCUGAUAAUGUUCUUAAUAAUGUUCUGCAUAUGCUCCGUGCUAAUUAUCUACAUACAGGAAAGAUCAUAUCGUAGUCUGAGCAUCCGUCGUGUCCUGAUGAACGACAUCUGUUUGAGGGGAUUUUUGGCUCAGCCAUUUCCUUUUCCCCGCCAAUCCAACAGAAAACUUAAACUGAUAUUCAUGCUGGUCUGCUUUUCCAGUUUAAUCUCCACCACAAUGUAUACGGCAUAUCUACAGGCCUUCUUAUGGGGUCCUCCCAUCGAACCGCGUCUGACCUCAUUUGAUGAUGUAAAAAAGUCUAGGUACACGAUGGCCAUUAACAUCUACGAAACAGAGUUCCUGGAGGCCCUGAACGUGAGCCUGGACGACGUGGAGAUCUAUGACUACGGCAAAUUCUCUAAGCUGCGAAGCACCUUUAAUACCAAUUAUUUAUUUCCGGUGACGGCCCUGCAGUGGUUCACCAUCAACGAGGAACAGAAACUCUUCAAGUACAAAAUCUUCUACUACUGUGAUGCCUUCUGUCUCAAUCAGUUUGAUAUAUUAAGUAUUCCUAUAAGACGGCACUUGCCCUAUCGCGAUAUCUUCGAAGAGCACAUGCAGCGCCAGAAGGAGUUUGGGUUAACUAAGUACUGGAUCGAUCAGAGCUAUAGGGAUAUGAUAAAAGCAAAUCUCACGACAUUCAAAGAUUUCAGUCCGCCCCUCGAGAACGAUUACAUAGAAGUACACAAUCUCUACUGGGUUUUCACCAUGUAUUUCGUUGGGAUGGGCAUGGGUCUAUGUUUUUUUAUCUUUGAGAUUCUAAGACCUCUGAGAUACUGGAGAAACUGCAAAAUCAAAUGCGAAUAUUGCUAUGCAUUCUUAAAAAAUUUAGCUAAGUAA